AUGGGAUCCAGUGCAAAAGAGGAGAUGCUGGCCCUAGGUCAUCAGUUGGGAGUGAAGGCUGGGAACAGGGAAUUUGAGGAGGAUGAGGAGAAAGCAAAAAGCGGUAUCCCCAAAGGAUGGGAUCGUGACUUGACUACAGCAAUGAGGCAGAGUCCAGGCACCAGAGGAGCUUUUGGAGACUUGGAAGCGAGCAUCCAUCUGCACCUGAACUUGAGACCCAGUGGGCCAAGACAGUGCAGGGUGCUCCUCGCCCUGCUGGCAUCGCUGCUCCUCUUUGGGGCCAAGGCGGCCAAUGGAGAACGCGACAUCCACGACUUUUGCCAAGUUCCAAAGGUGGUGGGGAGAUGCCUGGCCUCCCUCCACAGGUGGUGGUACAAUGCCACCUGCCGCUCCUGCCAGCAGUUUGUAUAUGGAGGCUGCGGUAGGAAUAGCAAUAACUACCUGACCAAGGAGAAGUGUCUGCAGAAGUGUGCUGAUAUCCCAGGGCACGCCAUGGACGAUGCAGCCACCAGCAGCAGCCCGGCAGAUUCCUCUGGCCCGAGUCUCCCCAGAAGGCAGGGUUCUGAUGGUCCCUCCAGCGAUAUUUUCAACUACGAAGAAUACUGCACUGCCAAGGUGGCCACCGGGCCUUGCUCCGCAUCCUUCCCAUGCUGGUACUUCGAUGCCAAGAACAACUCCUGUGAUCGAUUUAUCUAUGGGGGGUGCUGGGGCAAUAAAAACAACUACCUCUCCGAGGAGGCUUGCCUGAGCCGCUGCCUUGGCCAGUGGUCCUAUCUGGCCCGGCCCCACAGCAUCGUCAAGGACCUGGCGGAGCUGAUAGAGGUGAUCCUCACCCUCUUGGUGGGUUACGGGCUGCUCUACCUGGUCAUGAUGGGGUGGACGCAGUUGGACCUUGCCUUCAGCUCCAGGGACGAUGAGGACCCCCUCUUGAUAAAGAGAACCUGGGGAGGGAGGGGACAGACAGCUGCAGAAAGCCCAAAUGGUGUUUAA